UGGCGCGAAGGUGCGCGAGUCGACCCUCACGUAGGGGCCGCAGGAAACAAUAGAGGCCGCGCGCGCGGAGCUAGCGCUCUCAGGCUCCCCGCCCCUCCCGCAACGCUCGACCCCGGGAUACCCCCGGCUCUCCUGCCGCCAUGGCCGACAAGGAAGCAGCCUUUGACGACGCAGUGGAAGAGCGUGUGAUCAACGAGGAGUACAAAAUAUGGAAAAAGAACACCCCUUUUCUUUAUGAUUUGGUGAUGACCCAUGCUCUGGAGUGGCCCAGCCUAACAGCACAGUGGCUUCCAGAUGUAACCAGACCAGAAGGAAAAGAUUUCAGCAUUCAUCGGCUUGUCUUGGGGACACACACAUCAGAUGAGCAAAACCACCUUGUGAUAGCCAGUGUACAGCUCCCUAAUGAUGAUGCUCAAUUUGAUGCAUCACACUACGACAGUGAGAAAGGAGAAUUUGGAGGUUUUGGCUCAGUUAGUGGGAAAAUUGAAAUAGAAAUCAAGAUCAACCAUGAAGGAGAAGUAAAUAGGGCUCGUUAUAUGAAACUUAUGAUUUGGGAUACUCGUUCAAACAAUACUUCCAAACCAAGCCACUCAGUAGAUGCUCACACUGCUGAAGUGAACUGCCUCUCUUUCAAUCCUUAUAGUGAGUUCAUACUUGCCACAGGAUCAGCUGAUAAGACUGUUGCCUUGUGGGAUCUGAGAAAUCUGAAACUUAAAUUGCAUUCCUUUGAAUCACAUAAGGAUGAAAUAUUUCAGGUUCAAUGGUCACCUCACAAUGAGACUAUUCUGGCUUCUAGUGGUACUGAUCGUAGACUGAAUGUCUGGGAUUUAAGUAAAAUUGGAGAAGAACAAUCCCCUGAAGAUGCAGAAGAUGGCCCACCAGAAUUAUUGUUUAUUCAUGGUGGUCACACUGCCAAGAUAUCUGAUUUCUCCUGGAAUCCCAAUGAACCUUGGGUGAUUUGUUCUGUAUCAGAAGACAAUAUCAUGCAAGUGUGGCAAAUGGCAGAGAACAUCUAUAAUGAUGAAGAUCCUGAAGGAAGUGUGGAUCCUGAAGGACAAGGAUCCUAGAUGUGUCUGCACUUGUGAUUUU